AUGCCAUACCUCUGUCUGCCCAUGCCAUACCACUGUCAGCCCAUGCCAUACCACUGUCUGCACAUGCCAUACUACUGUCUGCACAUGCCAUACCUCUGUCUGCCCAUGCCAUACCACUGUCUGCCCAUGCCAUACUACUGUCGGCACAUGCCAUACCAUUGUCGGCCCAUGCCAUUCCACUGUCUGCCCAUGCCAUACCUCUGUCUGUCCAUGCCAUACUACUGUCUGCCCAUGCCAUACUACUGUCUGUCCAUGCCAUACCUCUGUCUGCCCAUGCCAUACCACUGUCAGCCCAUGCCAUACCACUGUCUGCACAUGCCAUACUACUGUCUGCACAUGCCAUACCUCUGUCUGCCCAUGCCAUACCACUGUCUGCCCAUGCCAUACUACUGUCUGCCCAUGCCAUACCUCUGUCUGUCCAUGCCAUACCACUGUCAACCCAUGCCAUACCACUGUCAGCCUAUGCCAUACCACUGUCUGUACAUGCCAUACUACUGUCUGCACAUGCCAUACCUCUGUUUGCCCAUGCCAUACCACUGUCUGCCCAUGCCAUACUACUGUCAGCCCAUGCCAUACCACUGUCUGCACAUGCCAUACUACUGUCUGCACAUGCCAUACCUCUGUCUGCCCAUGCCAUACCACUGUCUGCCCAUGCCAUACUACUGUCUGCCCAUGCCAUACCUCUGUCUGUCCAUGCCAUACCACUGUCAACCCAUGCCAUAA